AUGUCCUUCAAAUUUGCUCAUCUCUGCGACUAUCUGGAGAGAUGCGAAGAGAUAGUACAUCACAACCCUCCUCUGGCUCCGGCUGAACAAAAGUCAAGACAUUAUCGUCAACAUGCUUCCUGGUUUGCCUCUCACCGCCAGGCCAUUGAUGCCCUGGAUCAAUUCGGCACUUCCGCAUUACUAUCAACGUUUCUCCCUUGCAGAAGAAAAGACCGUAUCUAUAGCUUACAGCCUGCUUCGCUUUUCAAGUUACUCGGCAGAUGUCUUGGUUUGAGCGCUUCUGCUAGACAGGAACUUGCCACCUUCAAGACUCCAGGGAAUGGCGACCUUGGAGAAUGUUUACAGCGCCUUCUGCGGACUCGUGGCCCGCCGCCUCUCCCUACUGUCACUUUGCAAGAGGUAGAUGACGCAUUACACGCUCUUGCCGCCGCUAACAGGUUCUCUGGACCGUCGGUCCGCCAAUCCUUUCGCCCUCCUGCAACGAACGACCCCUCGCUCGCCGAUGUUCUUCUUCGCCUUCAUGCUGUCGAGGCAAAAUGGUUUGUGCGACUCGUUCUCAAGGACUUUUCUCCUGUCACUGUGAACGAGCGCUCGAUAUUAUCAUCUGUUCACUUCUUGCUACCCGAUCUGCUGUGGAUGCAGGACGAUUUUGAAAGCGCGUGUACCGCCUUGAGAUCGACUUUUGGCGCCUAUCCGAGUCGUCCAGACAUGCAGUCUUUGCAUAUUCUUAGACAAACAGCGCUUCCAUCACUGAAACCAAUUCCUGGUAUCAAGGUUAGUCGUCCUGAAUACACCAAGGCUCGGUCCAUAAAACACUGCCUACAAAUGACUUCCGGAGAAAGGUGGUUACUGGAAAGAAAGUACGACGGGGAAUAUUGCCAGGUUCAUGUUGAUCUUACCAAAGGAGAGGACUGGCUGAGAAUCUACUCGAAAAGUGGUAGAGACUCGACUGAAGAUCGGGCAGGUCUACGAGAAACCAUCAGAAAAUGCCUACGAAUUGGCAGCGAUAAGUGCAAGUUUGAACGCGCAUGUAUCCUGGUCGGAGAACUUGUGGUCUUCUCAGAUACGGAGAACAGCAUCCAGGGGUUUGACAAGAUACGCAAACACGUGUCCCGUGCAGGCGUGUUCCUCGGAAACGAGAAUGAUUCACCACGCCAAUCAGGUGAGCAUUUGAUGAUCAUUCUGUUCGACCUCCUGUUGUUCGAUGACGAGGCCGUCCUGUCGCGGUCUGUUGAGGAACGCAAAGCGAAACUCAGCAGCGUCUAUAAAAAGAUCCACGGUCGAGCCGCGCCAGCCGAAUCAUGUGUGAUCGAUUUCUCUCAACCAAAAGCCGAACACAGGCUUAUGAACCAAUUCGCUGCGUCAAUCGCAUGUCGUCAUGAAGGUCUUGUCCUCAAGCCAUGCGGUGUUCCAUAUUUCGCCCCUGGCUCAGUAGCUGGUAUCAAGCUUAAAAAAGACUACAUCACCGGUCUUGGAGACGAAGCUGACUUUGCUGUCGUCGGCGCAUCAUACAAUGCUCAAGAAGCCAAGAAACGACCAGGGCUACAUUUGAAAUUCACUCACUUCUAUCUUGGAUGCUUACUGAACAGAGAGGCUAUCGACAACGAUGGUGUUAGGCCUAUUUUCAAGAUCGUUGCGACAAUGUCAUAUGACCAUUGCAUGUCGACAGAGAUUUUAGAGAGGGUCAACAUCGAGGGCAGCUUGCUGUCAGAGCCUUACAGCAAGUCAGGCUCCUCAACGUUUGACAUUGAAUCAGACGAGACGCCACGAAUGGACUUUUGCUUUCGAGAUCCCUUGGUAUUCGAAGUUUUAGGAAGCUCGUUCAGCAAAUCGCCUGGAGGUUACUUCAUGUUACGGCACCCCCGUGUCAAGAAGUUACAUCAAGAUCGUACAUGGAGAAAUUGCAUUACUCUCGACGAUUUGCAACUGGCGGCUGCAAAAGCUUUGGAAACUCCUCAAGAGUCUGAAACACAAGAGAAUAUCACUUGG